AUGGAAAAAAGCAGUUAUGAAGAGUCAAUUGAAAAUGUGCAAAAUGUUUUGAUGCGUCUCGAAAACAAAACAUUCCUCAUUCAUUUCGUCCUCAACCUUUUAUCAAUCGUUAUCAACUUCUUCCAUCUUAUCGUUCUCACCCAAAAAACUAUGCGAACAUCUUCUAUAAAUAUCCUAAUUAGCGGAAUCGCAAUUUGUGAUCUUUUUACAAUGUUCACAUGGGUUUAUAAAUAUUUGAGUUUGGCAGAUUUGGAAUACCCCGAGUGCAUCACAGCAACUUCUUUGAUUAAAAUUUACAUGGACGUCACUUCCUGGUCUUCUCAGUACCACUUCAGACGGACUACGUGUUGGCUGGGAAUUGUAAUGGCGAGUAUCCGUUAUGUAAUUAUGAGCAGAAUCUCUGACGUGAGACAUUUUAAAUGGGCGGAUCCAAAAAUGGGAUAUAUUCUAAUAGUAAUCGUAUUUGGAUCUAGUGGAGUUCUAACGGUGAUAUGGCAAUGGGAAUGUCAGGUUGUCGAAAAUCGUAACUAUUCGCUUGUGGCAAACUGUGCCGAGCAUCAAGAAAUAAACGGUAACUACAAGUUUUCUGUAACUUUGAGACCAUUUGCAAAUCUUGGGCAUUAUGUGAUAGUAAGGACAUAUUUUAUAUUGGAUGCUACACUGUCAAAUUUCAUCCCAUGCAUCGCAUUUCCAACUCUGACUUUUCUUCUUUUUCGUCAAAUUCAAAAAAUUAAUGAGACUCGAGAAACCAUUCGAAGAAAUAGUACAACAACUGAAGACAAUGAAGAAAAGUAUGUGCUCAGUGUAAAAUUGAUCGUUUUCAUAACAAUCAAUUUUUUCAUUGCCGAAGCUCCGAUCGGAACAAUUGCAAUUCUGAAAACUUUUCUGGAAAGAACUGAUAAGUUAUUUCAGUAUCGGGAGACAUUGAAAUCAGUUCUUGGAGGAAAACGAAAAAGUGUGAUUUCUGUGCAACCCAGAUUGAGCAGUUUUGUGUCUACUCCGGCAAUCCACAUUGCUCAUCAUCUACACCGGGCAAACUUCAUAUGCAGUUUCAUUUCUGUAAUCAUCAAUAUUUUUCAUUUUAUAAUUCUAUCAAGAAAAUCAAUGAGAACCAGCUCCACCAAUGUGAUAAUGAUUGGAAUUGCAAUUUCCGAUAUUUCCACAAUGCUCAGCACAAUUUAUAAACAUUAUUUUCUAGUGGAUGUUGAGAGCCCAGAGUGUGUCACCGCUUCUGUACGGUACAAGAUAUACUUGGAUCUUUCGGCGUGGACAUUUCAGGAUCAUUACCGACGGUGUAGCUCUUGGUUAGGUGUUCUAAUGGCAAUUGUUAGACUUUUCGUUAUGAAAACGAUGCCAAAUUCUAGGUACGGUAACUGGUCAAAACCGAAAACUGGAUGUUUUUUCACAUUAUUGGUUUUUUGUGUCAGCGCAAUGUUAUCAAUAUUUUUUGUCUCUAGAAAUCAGAUUGUGGAAAAUAGAGCCUUCCCAUUGCCUUUAAACUGUGCCGAAUACCAGGACAUCAACUCCAGACCUCCAUUUUCUGUAAUUUUAACUCCAUUAUUUUCAUCUUCAAAUUUCCUUGUUCUACGUAUUUUUACCAUGUUCGAUGCCAUUGUGACCAAGUUCAUCCCUUGCAUUGCGUUUCCUUGUUUUACUGUAUUUCUGAUUCGAGAAUUACGAAAAUUCCAUAAUCGAGUUGUUAUGAAUGGAAGAAAACAAAGUGUCGUUAAUGGGGAGAAAAAUGAUAUUACAACGAAAUUGAUUGUUUUCAUGACGUUUGCAUUUUUUAUCGCUGAAGCUCCAUUGGGAACUAUUUAUUUAGUAAAAGUGUUUUCCAAUAGAGAUGAUGAGAUUUUGUAG